AAAUAAAAAUAACAAUAGAAAUAAGCAAAACAAAAGCCUCCUCUCCCUUAUCUUUGCCAUCCCAUCAUCUUCUUCUUUUUCUUUUUAUCCUCCUCUCCUCAUCCUCCUCUCUCACUAAUCUCUCUUUUCUGUAUAUUAUUCUCUUGUGUUUGAUUCCCCACACUCAUAUAUUAUCAAAAUUAAAACCCUUGAAAAGUUUCUAAAAGAGAAAAGGAGAGAUCAAAUUAAUUUAUACCAUGGUUUUCUCAUCUGUUCCACCCUAUCUAGAUCACCACAAUUGGCAUCUCCAGUUGCAACAAUCCAACCAUCAACAAGCAAGUGGUGCUGGUGGCGAAAAUCCUAAUCUCCCACCACCACCACCUCCUUCACAACCUGGUGGCGGGGGUGGUGGUGGUGGUGGUGCAAAUGGAGAAGGUUCGAUCAGACCAGGAUCUAUGGUAGAUCGAGCAAGGAUGGCCAAGUUACCCAUGCCGGAGCCAGGAUUAAACUGCCCACGUUGCGAUUCCACCAACACCAAGUUUUGUUACUUCAACAACUAUAGUCUCACCCAGCCUCGACACUUUUGCAAGACAUGCAGGCGCUAUUGGACUCGUGGUGGUGCUCUAAGAAAUGUUCCGGUUGGAGGAGGUUGUCGGAGGAACAAAAGGAAUAGCAAAAACAGAAGCUCAAAAUCUCCAAGCCAAACCGGGCUUAAAUCUGUUAGUGAAAGUCCAUCAAGGUGUAGCACAGAGACUAUGGCAAGUACUCAACUCCCUCAUCCUCCCUCUCUUCAAUUACCAUUCAUGAGCUCUCUGGGUCAAUAUGGAGGUGGUGGUGGAAAUAUUAGUUCAAAUCUUGGUGGAUUUCAGUCUCAAAAUGAAAUGGGUAAUUUUCAAUUAGGAAGUGGGAGCUCAACUGGGAACAAUUUUAACAAUAUUUUAUCAAUUGGAGGGGUUGAAAAUUGGAGAUUGCCUUUCAUGGCUGGAUUUGAGGUACCCAGUAACAGUAAUCUAUUUCACUAUCAAAGUGAAGGUGUAGCUGAAGCACCAUCAUCAUCAAUGGGAGGAGGAGGAGGAGACAUACGAAUACCAAACUCUGAGAUUGAUAAUAAUCAGGUAGAUCCUCCAGUGAAGAUGGAAGACAACCGAGGCUUAAAUUUAUCAAGGCAGUUUCUUGGUGUUUCAGAAAGUACAAAUAACCAACCAUGGGUGGGAACUGCAUGGGCUGGAUUUUCUGGUGUCAAUAGUACUUCCACUACUCCUACUACACAUUUCCUAUAAUCUGAUUUGGUUUUUCAGGGUUUUCAGAGUGAGGGAGAGAGGAUUUCUUAGUAGAUUAAUUAAAGGAUGCAUUUCAGCUCAAAGUUGCAUGUAGCAGUCUUAUAAGGGAAGCAAUGAACUGAAACUUGGAUCGUUUAAUCCCUAGGUAGCUAGAAAGAAUGUGAUAUGCUCUCCAAGGUCGACUAAUAUUGUAGUGUUCCACAUCCGCCAUCCACUGAUGAAGCUAGGGAGAAUUAAUGGUAGGUUUAUGUUGUAUGUUAAGUUUAAUUUUCCAGUGAUCAUAUGAUGUUUGUUGAUUUUAUUUAUGUGUUGGUGAGUUUACUUGUACUUCUAUGUGGAGUGUUCCGAUAAUUUGUGUGUGCUUGUGUGGUACAUUGCUAAUCAUGUAUUAUUUUUGUUAAGAAUAAUCUGUUUAUUUGGGUUUUCUCUAAUGAAAUUUUUGAUAGCUUCAAGAA